CCUUUAUUUUUUUUUCUGUGUUUCAUUAGCAGAAUAUUAUAAAGCAAUAAGCAUACAAGAAGAGAGGCAGACGUUUUGCAGUGGGAAUUAAUGAAAGUAUGUCUGUUGGGGUUCUUUGUUGUUUAAAAAUCUUGUGAUAUCUCAGAAACAAAACACUACCUGGGGAACGGUGAAUAAGGAAAGGCAUAGCUUUGGUAAUAUUAGUUGCACCCAAAUGUCUGAUUAUAUAGUUUCUGUGAUAUCAUCAGAACCUUUAGGUAGAUAUAACUUUAUGUUUCCUGUUAUCUUACUAGCAUUCUUCUGUAUUGGGGGAGGGGGGGAAGGCUCUCACACUCAACAGCUUUGGCAUCACUCAUCUAUUCUACUGUACUUUUGAGGUGGAAAACAAAAAGCAUAUUUGUCUCCAGAAGGGGAAAGAAAUGUCAUUUGAAAACCUUCCCUAGGCUGUUCGUUCUAGUCGUGUUUAUGGAGGUAGAAUGGGCACCAUAUGCUAUGCGGCUUGGCAAGAGGGAGAUGAGAUGGGACGUGGCUAGCUUCUUCCAAGUAAUAUACAUAUCUGCGUAUACCGAUGAUUAACAAGGACAGAGGUAACUUGUACUAACCGAUUCCCCUUCUUCCCAAUUAAAAUAAAAUUAUGCUUUUCCCGCCCCCUCUAUAUACCAGUCUUUCUGCUAGCUUGCAAAUUCAAGGAUCGGCUUGGGAAUCAUUUGAGAAGGAAACUAAAAGAAGCUCUGCUACCCAAAGACGGAAAGAAAGGGGGGGGGGGGAAGCAGGGGGGAGGGGGAGGGGAGGAAAAAGGAGGGAGGAGGAGUGCGGAGAAGCUAGGGAGGAAGGGGACGGGCACUGGUCUGGUCGUAGGACCUAAUGCAUUGCAAAGUACAACAGUGCGGUGAUGGGGAAGGAGAGAAGAGCAUAAUGAGUUCUUUCCAGGUCCCCACUUUGAAUGAAGGCAGAGAAAAAGUUGAGAAGACACCAGAGGGGCCAAAUCCUUUAUAUUCCCAGGCGGACCGGACAGGAUCUUCAAUAAAUCCAACUAGCAAUGCUAACGGUUUGCUGCUGCGGCUGCCCUCAUUGAGGCGGUGGCUGCUGCCUCUGCUGCUCCUGGUGCUGCUGCUGCUGCUACCACCACCUCUGCUGUUUCUGCUGCUGCUGCUAUUUCUGCUGCUGGUGCUGCUGCCGCUGCUGCUGCUGCUGCUGGUGCUGCCGCUGCUGGGGCUCCUGCGUUACUGGGAGAGAUUGUGCCGCUGCGACAGGGGACGACGAGGCUAGUAGCUCAAGGAGGCUCCAACGCGCAGGCGCUGUUGGACCCACUGACUAGAUCCUCAGUCAAGGUACUAAGGCAAAAAAAAAAAUCAGCAAUUUAUAGAAAGAAGAAGCUAUAGUCUGUCAGGAUAUCCAAUACCAACAGGGCUUGUUGGGAGCUCCUUGUCAGGAGAGCAUUUCAAGACUGAGGGAAAUUGGGCUGCGAACCACCAAGAACAGCUCCCUUACAGCACAGAAGCGAUUUCUCUUCCCUUCUCCGUGUAUGUAGCGUGUGUGCAUGUAUAUUCUAAUGGCAAAUCAGAUGGAAGAAAAGAGGAUGUAUGACUAGACACCAAAUCAUUUCUUUUUUGUGGAUUACAUUUGCAGUAAAAUGUAUGGAUCUAUCUCUUCCUUGUUCUUAUAUAUAGAUCAUGAGACUUGACUGAGGCAAUAUCCUUAGCAUCCAUCCAUCUAUGGCGAACUAUAGCCAUGCAGCUGACAACAUUUUGCAAAAUCUCUCUCCUUUAACCGCCUUUCUGAAACUGACUUCCCUGGGUUUCAUAAUAGGAGUCAGCGUGGUGGGUAACCUUCUGAUCUCCAUUUUGCUAGUCAAAGAUAAGACCUUGCAUAGAGCUCCUUACUACUUCCUGUUGGAUCUUUGCUGCUCAGAUAUUCUCAGAUCUGCCAUUUGUUUCCCAUUUGUAUUCACCUCUGUUAAAAAUGGCUCUACCUGGACCUAUGGGACUCUGACUUGCAAAGUGAUCGCCUUCCUGGGGGUUUUGUCCUGCUUCCACACUGCUUUCAUGCUGUUCUGCAUCAGCGUCACCAGGUACCUAGCGAUAGCUCACCACCGCUUCUAUACAAAAAGGCUGACCUUUUGGACUUGUCUGGCUGUCAUCUGUAUGGUGUGGACCCUCUCCGUAGCGAUGGCUUUCCCCCCAGUUCUAGAUGUGGGCACCUAUUCAUUCAUUAGGGAGGAGGACCAAUGCACCUUUCAACACCGUUCCUUCAGGGCCAAUGAUUCCUUGGGAUUUAUGCUGCUCCUUGCCCUCAUACUCCUAGCCACACAGCUUGUCUACCUCAAGCUGAUAUUUUUUGUCCACGAUCGAAGGAAAAUGAAGCCAGUCCAGUUUGUAGCAGCGGUCAGCCAGAACUGGACUUUUCAUGGCCCAGGAGCCAGCGGUCAAGCGGCCGCUAAUUGGCUGGCGGGAUUUGGAAGGGGCCCCACACCACCCACCCUGUUGGGCAUUAGGCAGAAUGCAAAUACCACAGGCCGAAGAAGGCUGCUGGUCUUAGACGAGUUCAAAAUGGAAAAGAGAAUCAGCAGAAUGUUCUACAUCAUGACUUUCCUCUUCCUCGCCUUGUGGGGCCCCUACCUGGUGGCCUGUUAUUGGAGAGUUUUUGCAAGAGGGCCUGUAGUUCCAGGGGGAUUUCUAACAGCCGCUGUCUGGAUGAGUUUUGCCCAAGCAGGAAUCAAUCCUUUUGUCUGCAUUUUCUCCAACAGGGAGCUGAGGCGCUGUUUCAGCACAACCCUUCUUUACUGCAGAAAAUCCAGGUUACCAAGGGAACCUUACUGUGUUAUAUGAGGGAGCAGCUGUAAAUCUUUAGCCUUGUGAAACACUACCCUUCUCUGCUAAGCAAUUGUGGCCUGUAGCCAUAUCUUGAGAAGAAAAUCAAGAAUGGGAUCAGCAGUUGUAAGGAUUUGGGCAACAUUCUGCAGUCCUUGCAUUAGCUCACCUAUAAUCCUAUUUUAAAAUCUCAAAGUGUUCCUGCUGACCAUUGGUGAAGGUUUGUAAUUAAGAAAGGACUGAACCACUGCCCUAAGUUUCUCUAGGUGGUGGAAAUCUAGAUCCUGAAAGUAGCAGGUGCUAAGUAUCAGUGCUCAAUGCUGUGUAUAUCACUACAUAAGAUAAGACCAUCAAAAAAAAAGAUUAGCAUUGGACAUCUUAAUAAAUUAAUUUGACAUGAGGUAAACGUGUUGAUUAAAACAAAAAAACUAAUUUUAGAAGUUUGAAGACUUUGAAACAUUUCAUACUCUUAUUGUUUUUGCAAAGACUAAUUACUGGGGGACUUAAAGUACUGUAAUCAACUAAAGAUGUGCCAUUCAUUAUUGGAUUAUCACACUUUAAAAAAUCUCUUUGCCUUGUAAGUUUUGGGGAGCAUUGCAAAAGCAGGAUUUUGGUUCCAGUUUGAGUUUACUUCCCACCCCACCCCAUCCCACCCUCAAGUGUGUUACUGUUUCUAAAUGCCAUUUUUCUUACUGGUGAAAUUACUAGCAUUGGACUAUGUUAUGUAGCUGUUGGUUGAUUUGGUAAAAACAAAAAGGUUUACUCGACUCAUUUUAUACUUUGCAAAUACUAGAUAUCUGUCUGGUAGGCAACAUUAGUGGUAAUAUCCAGUCAUAAUUGAGCAGUCGUUAAUAAUACAGAAUCAACACACGUUGCCUUAAAGGGUUAUCUAGUAUUUUCCAUUUUAUUUAUCAUUGGAGCAAAUAGGCAAGGAAAAUUGAAUCUGUACUAACUCUGGUCAGUCAUCUGGGAGUGCAUGAAAGAUCACUUAAUCCUCUCUUUCCUUUUUCUCCCAUGGUUUGAAAAAUUAGGGUGCACAUCAUUGGGAUAAUGUGAAUCUUUUUUUUUUAAGGUGUGCUGCCCAUUCUAGUUUGUUCUGAGAAACACAGGCAGUUGAUGUAUGUUUAUAUUUUGAGUCAGCUGUCACGGGGAGACCGCAGCCUUAGUAUGAUAUCUUGCACAAUUUGUGGAGCAUUUAUUCUACUGAAGGCACAGUCUUGUUUAUACUUUCUGCACAUUGGGUGUAUUGGUCGUUUUAAAUUAUUUGAGUUUUAACUUGUGAAAGCUUAUAAUAUGAUUUCUGGUAUUUUAGAAAUACAUUAGAGUCUGUGAGUCUCAUUCUUUAAGAUACAGAUGUGUGAAUUUCAAUAUAAAGUUGCAUUUGCCAAAA